GUAAGGCAUAUAAGGAAACAUAUCGAGUCAUCAACUCCUUUUUGUUGAAUAGAGUACAUUUUCUUUUUCCUCAUAAUUGAACUCAUCUAAAGUUCAGUUUCUAUAUUCCUUCCAGCAAUUGUCUAUGCUGAAAUUAUGAUUUCUAAUCAUACUAAGAUUCUUGCAGAUCGUGGGUACUAUUCUGUAGAGACUGUCACCCUCUUAGUGGCCCUAAAAGUUCGAUACAGAGAUAGGCUUACAAUCCUCAGGGGAAAUCAUGAAAGACAACAGAUCAUUCAACUGUAUGGUUUUUAUGAUGAAUGCUUGCGGAAGUAUGGGAACGCUAAUAUUUGGAAAUUUUUCACUGACCUUUUCGAUUAUCUGCCUCUUACUGCACUUAUAGAAAGUCAGGUAUUUUGUUUGCAUGGAGGACUUUCACCAUCUGUAGAUACUUUAGAUAAUAUCAGAUCCUUGGAUCGUAUACAAGAGGUUCCGCAUUCAGGACCAAUGUGCGACCUUCUAUGGUCUGAUCCAAACGACCAGUGUGGUUGGGGAAUAUCUGCACAGGGAGCUGGUUAUACCUUUUGACAGGAUGUAGCAGCUCAGUUCAACCACACUAAUGGGCUCUCUCUAAUUUCAAGAGCUCAUCAGCUAGUGAUGGAAGGUUUUAACUGGUGUCAGGAGUGUCAACCUGAUUGGAAAAGAAUGUGGUAACAGUAUUUAGUGCUCCAAAAUACUGUUACCGCUGUGGAAAUGGCAACAAUUCUAUAAAUUGGGGAGAACAUGGACCAAAAUUUUCUCCAGUUUGAUCCAGCACCUCGGCAGAUAGAGCCUGACACCACCCG